AUGGCUAUUGUCGAUGAACCAGCCAAUGUACUAAAGACUCAGCUGAUACCAUUUUCUUUACAAUCUAAACUGGGAAUGGAAGCCAUUCUGAUGACAUCUGCUAUUCAUAUAUCCGACAAUAUGCCCGGAUGGUCAGCAUUGGCUUGGCGCUACUAUGGACAAGUUGCAAAAUGCAUCGAAGAUCGAAUCAGGAUGAUCAAUACCGAGGCACUUGCAACGGAGGUCGUCGAAGAAACCCUAGUACCAAUUGGUGGAAGCAAUGGGGCUCUAUUUUCCCGACAGCUUCGCCAUGCCCGCAAACUACUGUGUCAUUGCCAGAAACAUAAUAUCAAGCUAAACUUAAGAUCAUUUAUCGAUGAUUCUUAUUUCUACAACAGUAUGAUUGAUUCUAUGUCUUGGCUCACCAGAAGCGCUCGCACUCUGCAACAAGGGGAUCUAGAGAUCGACAUCUGCCCCAUAACACUAUGCUCUGAUAAUAUCAAAGAGAGAUACCCUGGUUGGCUAUGUGGGGUGUCUCAUCAAAUAAUGGAAUAUGUAUGGUAUGCUUCAGCACUCUCAAGGCGUUCUCAUUUAGAUGGUCGGCAAGGCAAUGUCCUUUCCGAGCAAAUUAUCACCGAGUACAAAGAGUUAGAUAUACUCUUCCGCUCAUGGCAGCCAUCUUCGGAUAUGCUCAUUAGGUUCCCUGAACACUGCACUGCUGCAGAACUUUACCGCAUCACUGGAAGAAUAUACCUUCAUCGUACCAUUCAUCCCUUCACGGACACUACGACUGAUAUCGCCGUUCAAGACUUGGUAGUUUCUUUUUUGAACAUCCUGAAAAUAUCGUCAAAUAUGUCAAAGCGCCCGCGUGUAUUAUAUUGGACUUUUGUCCUUGUUGGAACUUGCGUUACGAGUGAUCACCAUCGCGAAGAGCUGAUGCAAUGGCUGCAAAACGCAUACGACUAUUCAAAGAUGGUUAAUUGCGGACAGACAAUUCGAUUACUGGCUAAACUGUGGUGGGUAAAUGAUUAUGAGGACGAUGACAUGAAUUUAGAGGGUGUUUCUUCAGGUUACAUGGAGGGUGAUCUUGGAAGUGGACAAAAGUCAAGAUGUAGUUGGGAUUUCCUCUAUGUCAUGCGUGCAAUCCGCCGAUGGGACGCUCUGAUAUCUUGA